AGGAGCUUUCCUCUUCAGCUGGUUCUUCAAACAAGGUCACUUCUUCAGAGUCAGGCUAAGGUUAAAGCACAUAACCGAUUUUACAGAAAACUGAAUACUCAAUUGGCCCUUUAAAAAUUUUCAAUCUUCACUGAAAACUUCAGCUCUUCAAGACAUGCCGUUUCGUCGUCGGUGGUCGAACCACAAUCCAGGACCUGAAAUAUCCAAUCCAAACUCCUACACUUGAACUCAUUCCCUGUUUACCCAUGAAACGAAUUCACCAAAUCCCCUAUCACCGACAUCGCAAAUGGCUCAUGCCCACCAUUACAAUCUCCACCCUCUUCAUCCUCUUCCUCUUCAUCCUUCUCUUAAGCCGCAGCAAAUCUUCCAGAUCGGCUUCUUCUUACAAUCAACCCAGUUUCACCCAUUUUGACCUAGAUUCCGAUUCAGGACUUCCCCGGUUGCCCCGAUUUGCGUAUUUGAUUGCAGGUACGAAAGGGGAUGCUUCGCGGCUCCAGAGGGUUCUUCAAGCGUCGUAUCACCCCAGGAACUAUUACUUGCUGCAUCUGGAUCUCGAAGCUUCGGAUUCUGAGAGGCUUGAGCUUGCCAAGUAUGUGAAAUCGGACAUUGUGUUGAAGGGUUUUGGGAAUGUAAUGGUGGUUGGUAAGGCUGACUUGGUGACUUAUAAGGGUCCAACAAUGAUUGCUUGCACACUUCACGGGAUUGCCCUGUUGCUGAAGUGGACAAAUAAUUGGGAUUGGUUUAUUAAUCUAAGCGCGUCUGAUUAUCCUCUCUUGUCACAAGAUGAUCUCUUGCAUAUCUUUUCAUUCAUCCCCAGGGAUCUAAACUUCAUAGAGCACACGAGUAAUAUGGGUUGGAAAGAAUAUCAAAGGGCCAGGCCUAUCAUUAUAGAUCCAGGCUUAUAUAAUUCGAAGAAAUCCGGUGUUUAUUGGGCCAAAGAAAAAAGAUCUGUCCCAUCUUCUUUCAAGUUAUUCACAGGUUCUGCAUGGGUUGUCCUAACAAAACAGUUUCUGGAGUUCUGUGUUUGGGGUUGGGACAAUCUUCCUCGGACUCUGUUGAUGUAUUACACAAACUUUCUUUCAUCCCCAGAGGGCUACUUCCACACUGUCGUCUGCAACCACAAGGACUACCAGAACACAACAGUAAACCAUGAUUUGCAUUAUAUAAGGUGGAACAACCCUCCCAAGCAGCAUCCACUGUUGUUGAAAUUGGAGCAUUUUGAUGAUAUGGUGGAAAGUGGCACUCCAUUUGCCCGAAAGUUUGAGAAAGAUGAUCCAGUUCUCGAUAAGAUUGACAAGGAGCUCUUGAGAAGAUCAGAUGGCCACUUCACUCCUGGAGGUUGGUGUAUGGGAAAUCACUUUUUGAGCAUAGAUCGUUGUGCAGUUUAUGGGAAUCCAGUUUUAGUGAAACCAACUUCAAGUUCCAAGAGGCUAGAAAAACUGAUGGUGAAACUGUUAGAUCCUGAGAAUUUUCGGUUGAAACAGUGUAAAUAGUGUGGCCAGUUAGUUCAUUUUUCUUCCCACAAUUUUGCUUCUCUUGCAUUGCAGAUGAUUAUAGUUUCUCAACUUGGUCCUAGAGUUUCAACAUCUUAUUUCAAUCAUUCAAAGAGUAUCAUUUUUCUCUUUA